AUGUCUGCCUUUGAUGAGAGGAACCAGAGCAUGCAGCACACAGAGCCUGGGACAGACUGCAUCACGCCUCGGGUGAAGCCAAGGGGUGAGAUGUUUGUCUUUAUUGAUGGGGAAUGGGUGAAUGACACCUACUGCCAGCCACCCUUUUCUUCACAGCAGAAACUCCUUAGCAAGAAGGCACAGAAUGAGUGGAGCAUCUGGGAGGAGAACAGAGCACUCUGGCAGGAAAACCAAGUCCUCUGGAUCAAAAACAGGAUGCUCUGGGAAGAAAACAAGACUCUACAAUAUCUCCGGUCACAGAACAAAUCUGUCCAGGUAAUUUGCACUGAUGCUAUUCAGCGAAGCCUCAAGAGCAAAAAUAAGCCAUUUCCACUCUUCCAAGAGAGGAACACAGGCUUUCAGCUCAGCCUGGGCAAUAAAGCUUUCCAGGCAGUCCAGGAAAAGAAUAAAACCUUUGAGGAUUUCCAGCAGGAGAAUAAAGCACUUACCUGGAAAGGCCAAAGAGCCAUCACAGUCCAUGAAGAGAGCAAAGAUGCCCGCUCAGAUCUUCAGAAGAACAUUGACACCAUUGCAGAUGUGGAAAAGGGUAAUCCUGGCCCAGUCCCCCAGCAGAAACAUGAAGGUAAAAGGAAGAGCACUACUCCAACUCAGAACAAGAUCGAGACUGCCCCAAGUACACCAGGAGAGCAUGAAAUCCUCCGGGUUCUCCAGGACUUAUGUGAGCUCCUCCACACCUUCCUGAAAAGGAGCCAUCCUCCUGGGGAGAAACAGUGCUGUCACAAUCUCUAUGACGUGAACAGAUCCUUCCAAGAAGAUUACAAUAAGCUGAAGCUGCAGCUGAAGGCUGUGAAAAACACUAUGUCAGACAUUACAGCUCAAAUGGAUAUGCUGGAAAAGGAGAUCAUUGCCGUCACUUCCCCAGUGUAUGAGGAAGCAGGACAGAAGGUGGCAACUGAGCAUCAGCUUGGAGACAUGUGAAGCUUGGGACUUAGAACUGCCAGCUCAUCUCCCAGAAAGCUUCUCUCCUUUUUUCAGGAAACCUAAUAAAAUCCCAAUAGAACCUGAAGAUAUCUGGGGA